GACAGGCACAGGCGUCAAUUUCGAAGUAACAACAGUCAACAUGUCGGAAAGUUUAUUCUCCUAUAAUUCUUCUAUGAAACGCAGCUAAUUUUUGAACCGGCACUGAAAUAUAUGCAAAAACUUCGAGCAAUUCAUAAUGCCUUCGUCAGUUGAUGACUACGAAGUUAUAGGUAUGGUGGGAAAAGGUUCCUAUGGAACUUGUAAAAAGAUAAAAAGAAAAUCUGAUGGAAAGAUAUUUGUCUGGAAGGAGCUUGAUUAUGGAUUAAUGAGUGAAUCAGAAAAGCACAUGCUUGUAGCAGAAGUGAAUCUGCUUCGUGAGCUUAGACAUCGGCACAUUGUAAGGUAUUAUGACAGAGUAGUAAACAAGUCUACUGCAACUAUAUACAUUAUAAUGGAACACUGUGAAGGUGGUGACUUAGAAAGGCUUAUUAACAAGUGCAAAGUUAAUAAGAAACUACUCGACGAAGACUUUGUGUGGAAAAUUCUCCACCAGUUGGCGCUUGCUCUGCGGACCUGUCAUCGCUGCAAGGUUGGCCGUACGGUCCUACAUCGUGACAUCAAACCUGCAAACGUCUUUCUUGAUUCCACCAACGAUGUGAAGCUGGGAGAUUUCGGUCUGUCGCGGAUUUUAGCACACGACUCGAGCUUCGCUAAAACAUUCGUUGGGACACCAUACUACAUGUCACCGGAGCAGAUGAACAAUGAGCUGUACAAUGAAAAGUCUGACAUCUGGUCGUUGGGAUGCCUGAUGUAUGAGCUUUGCAUGCUGACUCCACCCUUCCUCGCUCCCAACCAGAGGGCGCUGAAAGUUAAAAUCCAGCAGGGAAGGUAUAGAAGAAUUCCUAUGGCGUUCUCCGAUGAUCUCAACACGAUAGUUAGCUGGAUGCUCACUGUGCAGGAUAACAAACGGCCCUCUAUUGAAGAAUUGCUGAACGACAGCAGGAUGGAAAGACACGUGCAGAAGCUUGACGCAUCUGAUGACAGUAACAAUAAGCGAGAACAAGCUAUAAGGCUGAAAGAGCUAAGCUUGAAGCAGAAAGAAGAGAAUCUCUUUGAGAAGGAGAAUAGCCUGAGGGAAAAGAAAAGGAGGCUGGCCGAAAGAGAAAAAGAUAUUGAAAGACGAGAGAGAGAGUUGGAAGCGAGAGAGCGAUUAGCAGAGAAGAAACUUUCAGUAGCAAAAUCAUUGGUGCAACAGCAUGGCGAAUGCAUUAGCACGUCUACAGGUAAAUCACCAGAUUGUCCUCUAGAUGGCAGCACUUUCUGUCAUAACCUAUCUCUAAAGUCCACCUUUGCGUGUUAAUAGCAACGACGCCCGCUUUCCCGCACAUGUUGUAGAGCUAAUUAACCCGUAUGGCUGCAGUGGGUGGCAGGGAGUUUAGCUCACAGGCACUUGGAAUGUUUCAAUGAAAAAAGUAUGGUAAAUAAACACGAAAUGUAUUUACUACCAAAGU